AUGGAGGAUUUCAUUCAUAGCCAAGUUCCAUUUAUAUUUGCUGAACAAGCUACUCUUCUUCAAAUCAAAAAGAUUAUUAAUCAAAGUGGUAAAACGCUAUCUGAUUGUAAUUUGCCUGUUGUUGAUGAAUUCAUAGAUUUUAAUCUAGAAAAUUUAAAUGAUAAUGUUCAGCGAUCAAUUGACGAAGCUAAUAGAAUGAGACCGCUUCUUAAUGUCAAUCAAUUAAAUGUAAGUAAUGCUGUCCUUGCUGCAUUGAACGAGCAAUCAAGUGUAGAAAAUCAACAUUCUAGAUUGUUUUUUAUGGAUGGACCAGCCGGUAGUGGCAAAACUUUUACAUGUAAUUAUUUGAUCGCUGAAAUGAGCAGUUGGGGUGUUAAAUCUACUACAGCUGCAUGGACUGACAUAGCAGCAACUCUUCUUACAAAUGGAUCUACGCUGCACGGGUUAUUUAAACUUCCUGUCCCAAUACUGGAUAACAGCUCAUGUAAUGUGACUCCUAACUCUAUUCAGGGACAAUUUUUAAGGCAAGUUAGUUUGUUUAUGCUUGACGAGACAUCCAUGAUUCCCAAACACGCUUUAAAUGUAAUCGAUCGGUUGUUAAAAGAUGUUUGCAACAACAACUUUCCAUUUGGAGGAAAAGUCAUUCUUUUUGGUGGUGACUUUAGGCAAAUUUUGCCUGUUGUGAAAAGAGGGAGACCAGCUGAAGUUGUAGAACCAUGUAUAAAAUGUUCUUUACAGUGGCAAUGGGUGCAGAAGUUUACAUUAACUGAAAAUAUGAGAGUACGUGAUGGAGAAGGAGAUUUUUCCGAAUGGCUGUUAAAAUUUGGUAGUGGAACAAUACCUGUCAAGGAGGAAGAUCCUUUUAAGGGAUGUAUUGAAAUACCGCAACAGUGCAUUAUAAGAGAAAACGAAUCAAUUGUUGAAAAAAUAUUUGGAGAUGCUCAACAAGAUGAUUAUGCUAAACGUGUCAUUUUAACACCCACUAAUGUGGAUUCAUUGUCAAUCAAUGAAGAAGUGCUCGAACGUCUACAUGGAGAGGUCAAAACUUAUUUUAGUGCUGAUCAAAUAGACACUGACGAUCCUAAUGAAAUAAAUAAUUUCCCUGUUGAGUUUUUGAACAGCUUAACUCCUUCAGGUAUGCCUACUCAUUGUUUAAAAUUGAAAAUUGGUUGUGUAAUUAUGCUACUUAGAAAUUUAGAUCUUAAAGCUGGGCUAUGUAAUGGAACCCGAAUGAAAGUUUGUGCUCUCCAAAACAAACAUAUUGAUGCAGAGGUUUUGACAGGUGUUUCUGAAGGUAAACGGGUAUUUGUUCCUCGAAUUCAGUUGACACCAUCAGAUUCUAAUUUACCUUUUGUUCUAAAACGUCGUCAGUUUCCUGUCAGAUUGGCUUAUUCGAUGACAAUCAAUAAAAGUCAAGGUCAAACAUUUGAUAGAGUUGGGGUAUACAGACGUGUUCAAAUUAUUAGACUACAGAUUUAA